AUGGAGCUGUAUUUUGAUUCUGGCCACACGGAUUUGAAUGAUACCUCCUCCUGCAGGUCGAGACGCGGCUAUGAAAGUGUUCUUCGUCUGCUUAUGAGUAUGGGCAAGUGUGCUGGUUCGUCGGGUUUCGAGGAAUCUUUCGAAGUCCAACUUCUGGCCCGGAUCGGCCAAGCUAGUGGGACAAAGCGUGGAUGUCAGCUUUGCUCGGAGCGACAAGCAAGCCAGGCACAUGCACGAAUGCAGCGAGUCGUCAAACGUCGGCCAUCUUGA